CGUUGACCUGGAGCAAAGGCAGUCGUGGGGCUCCUCUCGGGCUGCCGUUGACCGAGGUUGAGUGGAGCCUGGGUGGAAGCUGAGCUAGCAAUUCCUUGGGUACCCCUAUUGACUUUAUACUUGAACCUUCUGGAACUUUCUGCUGAUUAAGCUAUUACUUGGCGCUAAUCACAUGUUGUUUAGCCUGAGCUUGAGAAUUAUUGGAGUCCUCUGAUAAGAAAAAUUUGAACUGCAGUGGGAAGUCUGUCUUGGAAGAUGCAGCCUCUGAAAAGAUUAAUGGCCAUCCUAAAGCCUCAAAACUUGGCUGUGUGUGAAAAAAGUGAAGUCCUGAAUUGGCAGAAGGAAGACAUCCCAGUAAUGGAGAUAUGUGACUCAGAGGCCUCUCGUCGGAAGUUCAGACAGUUCCAGUACCUGGAAAUGGCUACACCUCACGAAUCCCUGAGCCAGCUUUGGGAGCUCUGCCUUCAGUGGCUGAAACCAGAGAUUCAUACAAAGAGUCAGAUCGUAGAGCUGUUGGUCCUGGAACAAUUUCUCACAGUUGUUCCCGAAGAGGUCAGGACUUGGGUGAAUUUACAACAUCCAGAGAACAGCAAAGAGAUAGUGACCCUCAUGGAAGAUAUGUUUGACAUGCUUAAAGACAAAGAUACACCCUGUGAGGAGUCUGUCUUCCAGAAUGGGAGCAUCAAGGAGGAGGCGAUGGAGGCCGACUCACUAGCAGGCUUCUCUCAGGAACAAGUGACCUUCAAAGAUGUGACUGUAGAAUUCAGUGAGGAAGAAUGGGGACAACUGGGCCCUGAUGUAAAGAACCUGUACAGAGAUGUGAUGCUGGAGAACUACAGGAACCUCAGUUCAUUGGGUCAAGACUAUCUACUUUCCAAACCAGUUGAGACUUCCGUAUUGGAGAGUAAGAAAAAGCCACUGAUCACAGAAGGAGAAAUCUCAAGAAGGACUAUUUCUGAUACAGAGACUGUUUCCGAAAGCCAAACUCCAGUUCCCGAGCAGAGGAUUUCUGGAGGAGAACAAUCAUCCCAUGAAGUGAUUGUGCCAAAUAGACUUUCUUCUGUAGAUGCCUGGAAAGAGGAUGGUUGGGUAUAUGGAAAUCAGGAAAAUCAGGACAUGCAUUUGCCACAAGAAACUUACAUUCCUAAAAUAAUCCCCACGGAGGAGCAAGAUUUUACAUGUACUAAAUAUGAGGAAAGCAUUAAUCUUAAGUCAGUUAACUCAAUUAAUAAUGUACAACAGAGAAUUCCUAAGAGAAAGGGAUCCCCAAAGUGUGACAAACUUAAAAUCAACUUCAAAUUUAAUGUAUACUCAGUGGGUAAGCAACCUUCAGAAUUUAAUAAAUAUGGGAAACCCUUGAACCAGAGUACAGAUACUAUUCAGCACCAAAAAACUGAGACCACAAAGAAGUCGUAUGAGUGUUUUCAGUGUGGAAAAGCCUUCAGUCGGAGUUCAUCUCUUAUUCGACAUCAGAUCACUCACACAGGAGAAAAACCAUAUAAAUGCCAUGAAUGUGGGAGAUUCUUCAAUCGACGGACAAACCUUACGAAGCAUCAGAAGAUUCACACUGAAAUACAGCUCUCUGAAGGAAAUAGACAUGGAGACACCUCCCGUAAGAAUGAAGACUGUGAUCAAAACCCGACACUCCAUUCUCGAGGCAAUCCCUUUGAAUGUGCUGACUGUGGCAAAUCCUUCACCCGGAACUCCUCGCUGACUCGACAUAAAAUGAUUCACACGGGAGAAAAGCCGUUCAAGUGUGAGGAAUGUGAGAAAACCUUCAACAGGACCUCAAACCUUACUAAACACCAACAGCUUCAUAUUUGUGAGAAAUACUAUGAAAAGGAGAAACGCAAAAUUGCUGAUAGUUGGAGAGUAAAGCUCAUUCAACCUCCAUGAUUUCAUUAUUGUUGGUGAACAACUUGGGUUUAAAAGAGAAAGGAAGAUUAAGUAGAAUCUUUACAAACUAGUCAUGAACUUGAACUAUGAUGUGCCAUGAGAGGGAACCCCAUGGAUAUAGCCAAUGUAAGAAAAAGAUUGCCAGAUAAAAUUCUUUAGUUAAGAUGAUAAUUAAAAUUGGAGAGAAGUUUCUUAUGGGUUGGAAAUCUGUUUAAAGAACCUGCUAUACCACACUCCCAAGCGAAGCUCCGAGGGUCUUCACUUAACACACAAACCAUACAGAUCUUUGUUAUUAUUUUUAUACCCAUUGCCCACGUUUUUCCGUAAUUGAUACAUGGUAUCUAUACUUAUAUAGUGGUUAUUAAAGGGUCCAGCAGUAAUGCUAUGGUUCUCAGCCAUAACCAGCGUAUCUAACCCCAUCUCAUGCCCACUAAGCAUAACGUGACACCUCCCCUUCUCAAGACAUCUCAGAAAUCUG